AUGGACAUGCACGAUGUCUUGAAAGAUUCCCUGCUUUUUCUCUCGCUUGGGCACCUGAAAGGGCACACGUCGCCUGCGCCCGAUCGCAUCCCCUCAGCCGGGGGCGCUCGGAUGGCCGCCGUCUGGGGAGGAUCCGAGGCCGAGGCCCAGAUCGAUGCAGAUCUUGAGGAGGAAGACGAGGACUGUCGCUGGCGGCUCCCACUGUGCUUCUUAUUUGCAGCGCUUUUGUGGUCUAUGCUGCUUUGGGCACUCAUCCGGAGCGACAAUCCACAAGUGCGUCCGACACUGUAUCAUGUGGUCUUCUGGUAUGGAGUGAUCUUGGUGUUGGUACCCACCACCGUGCUGGUGGCAAAGGCCAUCAUGAGCUCGCGCGUGGCCAAUGGCUUAAGGGCUCUGAGCGACUUCGUGCUGCACAUGGAGCUUAAAGUUGAGUCCACCUAUGUGGAUCUCAGUGAGGGCCUCAUUUGCAUUGACGGCCUGGAGCUGAAGAAUCCUCCUGGCCGUGCCUGGCGAUCUGAAAAGCUCUUGACCGCCAAGCGAAUCCGCUGCCACUUGCGCUUGCGGGACUUCCUGGCCUCGAGGUGCCGACAGUUGAUGAUCCAGGAGCUUCAGAUUCUGGGUGUCGAGCUCAUCUACGAGAAGACCUUGGAUUCCUCGAAUGUCCAUGAGGUGCUCAGCAAGAUCGGAGAGAUCAAAGAGAAUCUAAGACCUCCUGAGAAUCGGCCACCGGAGCUGAAGCUACGGGAGGUGCGCAUUCAGGACAUCGCUGUGCGAGUGCAGGGCUUUGUUGGAGCUCGGGCAAACAUCGCUGCGGCCGACUUGAUCUACGAGGACUUCUCCGAGGAGGUGGGUCCUGUGAAGUCGGAGUUCCUCUUGGCGUUGCUCCUCAGGACCUUGUUGAAGAGUGCCGUCAGUAAUGUCCUCGGUCUGAACACAUUCCGAACUUUAGUCGGCUACGAAGCCUAG